CGGGCUCACUCAUAACGGUCUUGGGGAUAAUUGGACUCAAACCGGUCUAAACUCCAAAGCCCAACACACGACAGCAACUCCACAUAUCAUUUGUGGUCAUCAUCAUCCAAUCCACUCAACACUCAACCAUCUCCACCAAUAAUACCUGAACUGAAAAUCCCCCCAAAAACAACCUUCAUUCUCUUCAUCACAAGUGAUACCAAUCAAAAUCAAGCAACCCAGUUGAAACAGAGCAUAUGCAAAUGAAACAUGCAUGUACAUAAAGUAACACACAUGACACCUUUAUCACCAUCAUCAUCAUCAUUAGGGAUAGGAUCCAUAAACCCACUCUCACCAUCUCUCUUCUUAGGAAAAAGGAUAAAGUUGAAACCUUUACAAGAACCCACCUCACAAAAGUCAAGAUUCACAAUCUUGAAGCCAAAUUCCCACUCAACUGUUGUUGCUGCUGCAGUUGAAUUGGUGGAUCUUGUUCACAAUGUUUUUGUGGGUGUGGGAGUUGGGCUUCCUUGUACAGUUAUGGAGUGUGGGGAUAUUAUCUAUAGAAGCACAUUGCCCAGAUCAAAUUCUUUGACACUUACUAUCCCUGGUGCUGUUUUGGCUUUGGGUACACUUUCGUACCUUUGGGCUACUCCUGGUGUGGCCCCUGGCUUCUGGGAUAUGUUUGUUCUUGCCUUUGUUGAAAGAUUGUUCAGACCAACAUUCAAAAAGGAUGAUUUUGUGUUGGGAAAGAAGUUGGGUGAGGGGGCUUUCGGUGUUGUGUAUAAAGUCUCUUUGGCUAAGAAGACCUCAGGAAAGGAAGGCGAUUUAGUACUUAAAAAAGCUACAGAAUACGGGGCUGUAGAGAUAUGGAUGAACGAGCGUGUGAGAAGGGCUUGCGCAAAUAGUUGUGCUGAUUUCGUGUAUGGAUUCCUCGAGAGCUCUUCAAAGAAAGGAGCAGAGUAUUGGCUCAUCUGGAGGUUUGAAGGGGAAUCGACACUUGCAGAUUUGAUUCAGAGUAAAGAGUUUCCUUAUAAUGUUGAAUCAAUGAUUCUCGGGGAGGUGCAAGACUUACCAAAGGGAUUAGAACGAGAAAAUAAAAUCAUUCAAACGAUUCUCAGGCAACUCUUGUUUGCAUUAGACGGUCUUCACUCAACAGGGAUUGUUCACCGAGACAUCAAACCACAGAAUAUUAUUUUCUCUGAAGGGUCUCGAACAUUCAAGAUUAUCGAUCUUGGAGCUGCUACAGAUUUAAGAGUUGGCAUUAAUUAUAUCCCAAAAGAGUUUCUUUUGGACCCAAGAUAUGCAGCACCUGAGCAAUAUAUUAUGAGCACACAAACUCCAUCUGCACCAUCGGCUCCUGUUGCAGCCGCACUGUCUCCGGUUCUAUGGCAGUUGAACCUUCCGGAUCGUUUCGACAUUUACAGCACGGGUCUCAUACUACUUCAAAUGGCAUUCCCUUCAUUCCGCUCAGACAGCGGUCUCAUACAAUUCAACCGUCAACUAAAAAGAUGUGAUUACGACCUCAAUGCAUGGAGAAAAAGUGUCGGGCCACGUGCAAACGCCGACCUCCGAAGAGGGUUCGAGUUACUAGAUUUAGAUGGUGGAAUUGGAUGGGAGCUUUUGACUUCUAUGGUUCGGUACAAGGCCCGACAAAGGACCAGUGCUAAAGCCGCUUUAGCCCACCCGUAUUUUGACAAAGAAGGUCUUCUAGCUUUAUCCAUCAUGCAGAAUCUUAGGCUUCAGUUUUUCCGGGCCACACAGCAGGAUUAUAGCGAAGCUGUUAUAUGGAUCAUUCAGCUCAUGGCGCGAUCCGGAACUAAGAAAGACGGUGGAUUCACUGAAGCUCAGCUUCAGGAACUCAGAGAAAUUCGGCCGCAAAAGAAGUCAAGUGCACAGAGAAACGCUCUAGCCUCAGCUCUUCGGUUCCAGAGGAAGAUCUUGAAGACGCUGAACGAGAGCAUGGACGAGCUUAACCAGCGAAGGAAGAGCAUGUGGUGGAGUAGAUGGAUUCCAAGGGAGGAAUGAAGGAGAUCUAUAUGUGUAUAUACGAUACUAAUAUAUCAUACGAUAUUUGUAAAUUUGAAGAUGACAAAUGUUAUGAACCAAAUGGGAUUAAAUUGUAUGUCAAUAUUUGUUAUCAUAAAACCGACCAGAGUGCUCAA